GUUUUUUUUUUUUUGGUCCUCUCCAAAGUUCUCUUACCUUGUUGUGUUGGCAGCUUCUCCCCUUCAGAUGAGGUCUGCAAUUACAUCUGGCCAAACCGGGUCGCUGUGCAAUUACACGCCGCACCAUAGAGACUUUCCCCGCCUUCAUCCGCGGCAGCUCGUAUGGCAGACCGAAAUAGAAUAGUUUCAAGUCUGUUUGGACGGCGGCCCGGCACAAACUAUGCUCCGCCGCUUGACUGACAGUAGGAUGUGGGCUGGUUCUCUCCAAGACUAGGCUGCCGAGGCCGAUCACGUUCAGAGACUCCGCAGUCCGGGACAGGAACGGACAGGAAGACUGAGACGAAGAGUGAGACUAUGAAUCCCGCUGGGAAGACUUGACCUUUGAGACCGCGGUACAAGAGACUCGGGCGAGGAAAGAACCCAGCAAGACAUGAAUAGAAUCUUCCAGUCUGUGGCCUUACAAGGGAAAUGUUCAUUGUGUCUGCACACGACCAUUCAAGCGUGCUGGACAGGAACCUAAACAAGACCCAGAGCGGACCAUGCCGGGCUUAGAAUGAACUUCUGAAAAGCCGUGAUCAUCUGAAGCAAGGGGGGCAGGAUGGCGACGCCUCAGUGCAGCUCCAGGCAGAGCAGCUCCCUCUCGUCUUCGCCAAGCAGCAGCCGCAUGCAGUGCCUGCAGGUGGACUCGGUCCAGCGGUGGAUGGAGGAUUUGCGCCACAUGACGGAGGUGGAGUGCAUGUGCGUACUCCAGGCCAAGCCCAUCGAGGUGGAGGACGACAACCAGCAGGCUGAGCUGAUCGUGGGCGGCGGGGUGGGCGCCGGGGACCACGUGGCCCGCAACAACCUGCAGACGCUCCUCCGCCGGGCCCUGGUGGUCAGCACAGAGCUGGGCAAGAUGUUCCAGCGGCUGGAGAAGGGACGCUGGCAGAGGGUCCACAGCACGGCUGUGCGGGCAAACUGCCACGUGCGCUCCUUGGUGCACGAGUACAGUAGUGCGGCGCGGGGCACGCCGCCUGAGAUGCAGAAGUACGAGACGGCUCUUCUGGAGAAGUGCAUGGAGCUGACUACUAUCACCGAGAGAUGUCUGCACACCGAGGACGAGUUCUUCCUGAAAUCCAUGAGAGAUGCCAUCCAUGAGAUCUUGACUGACGUCAGCGAUUUGUUCAGCAAUAUGAUCGACAUGGCCUUAGCCAAUGAGAUCCAGGUUCUGAUCAAACAAGUUGAGUCUUCGGACGACGUUGACACCAUCGGCAGCGCCAUCAGUAACCUGUUGUCCCUCACCCAGGAUGGACCUCAGCUCUGCAGCAUCAUCGCCAAGGAAGGAGCGGUGGUGUCGCUGUUCAAGAUCUGCAGACAGGAUCGCUUCAUGGGCCUUUACGCUCACGCCCUGAGGACGGUGGCUUCCAUCUGCUGCGUGGAGGAAGGCAUCAAGCAGCUGGACAAGGUUGACGGCAUCCUGUGCCUGGCGGACAUCUUGACGGACGACAGCAGCGUGGAGGCGGCACGGGCCGAGGCGGCGGCGGUGGUGGCUCAGAUCACGUCGCCUCAUCACACGUCCACGCAGCACCUGGCCAGCUUCCUGGAGAGCAUGCACGACAUCGUCACCGCGCUCAUCGGCUUGUGCGAGAGCGCCUCCUGUGGCGAAGUUUUCCUACUGGCGUCGGCGGCGUUGGCCAACAUCACCUUCUUUGACAGCAUGGCCUGUGAGAUCCUCCUGCAGCUCAACGCCAUCCACAUCCUGCUGCAGGCCUGCAAGGACCGCCAGAGAGUGGACACGCCCUACUCCAAGGACCAGGUGGUGACAAUCUUGGCCAACCUGUCGGUCUUGGAGCAGUGUGCUCCUGAAGUUCUGCAGGAGCAAGGCAUCGAGCGUCUUCUUCUGCUGCUGGGAGAGAAGCCGUCCUCCUCCAGCCCGUCCGAGGGCGCCGCCUGCGAGCGCGUCCAGCAGAAGGCCGCCGUCACCCUGGCGCGCCUCAGCAGAGACGGCGACGUAGCCAUGACGGCCAUCCAGCUGAAAGCCGUCCCUCGUCUUAUCGAGUUGUGUCGUUCCCCCACUGAGAGGAAUAACAGCGACUCUGUCUUGGUCGCCUGCCUGGCGGCCUUGAGGAGGCUGGCAGCAGGGUGCCCAGACAGCAUCGAGGUGUCUGACCAUCAGCAGCUGAUCAAACCGCGGCUGGUGGAUUCCUUCCUGCUGUGUUCCAACAUGGAGGAGAGCUUCGUGUGAAGCGACGGACACUAAAGUGCCACAUCGUGACGACUAAUGAGCAGCCAACGCCGCUUUGACUGGACCGCUGCAACACGUGUACAUUAUGGACUGCAUCAUCUUUGUACAGUAUGUGUGUGGCGCAGCGCCGGACGAUACGGCCGAAAACUGUAUCACGAUAUCAAUAAUUAUUGAUACUUUCUAUGACCUAUGGAAAAUAAGGAGCAGGAGAAAAUAUAUUAAAUGUAAACAUUUUUAUUCCAAUUUGAUCAUAAUCCCCUCAGCUAACAAGGCAGAAAGGAAACGUCAACACGAGCAUGGGAAACAAUUUAAACAAAAUAGUCAACACUUAACAAUAACUUCUUAAAAUAAGGUGCAAAAAUUGUCAAGCUAGGACAUGGAUUGUGUGUGCUCCUUCGACGCAGCGGGAUUACAGGACGAGCCAGGCGUGAAUUAAGGUGCAUGUUUGUUUUUAUUAAUAUUCGAAAUACAAAAAAAAAAGGCAAACCAAGGACGCCCUCUGUGGCGGAUAAAAAUCUAUACUUAAAACAAAAACAGCACAAUGGCAAUACUAUCUACAAACAAACAAAAGAUACUAUCAAAGACAUAAAUACAAACAAAAACUUACUUGGCGUGGAUGAAUCGAAAAGCAUGGCAUGAGGUAUGUAAGGCAAUGAAAGUUAAUGUUCCCAGACUGAUGGACAGAAAGAAAUUGACUUAAAUAGGGGCUGUGAAUAAUUAGGAACAGGUGCGGGACUGAGGGCAUGGGAGUGACUAGGAGGGCAAGGUGAAAAGCAAUGAGUUGUCAUGGUAACAAAAACAAACCAGGAAGUGAAAAAACAGAACAAGACUCCAGAACACAAAACAAAACAUGAUCAAACAUGAAAUCAGAUUUACAAACGUGACAAAAAUAAGGAAUAUGUAAGAAAUUUUUAAUAAAGUGUAAGGAAAUAGUGAGAAAACGUAAGCAUGGAGAACUAUUUUCUGCAGGUUUAGUUACAGCUGUGCUCUAAAGGGUAAGCACAGCUCCAGGCAAUCAUCUGUUUGUUGUUAUUCUGAUCGGAACCGUUCGAGUAUCAAAACGUUCGGCUUAAUCGGGAAUCGUGAGCUGCCCCUUUGAAAAAUGUUUUAGAGAUACUGCGGAUUACCCAGAAUUCCUGGUUGUCCACCAUCCACCCACUCCAUUCACCUUGGACUAUCAAACUACCAUUUUCCCAGUCCCAAAAAUUUCCAGGAAUUCCCAGAAUUCCCGGUUUUGCAAAGACCUAUUUUCACCUGAAAGGUUUUCACAGUCCACAUGUUUUCAACCGUUUUUGACCAUUCCACCUUCAAAACAUUCCUCUUAGUUGGGACAACAAAUGCCCCUUUUUUUCCCCGAUUUUCCCCAAAUUCCAGGAAUUCCCGAAAUACCCAUUCUCAAUUCCAACUGUUACUACAUCAACACUUUUCAACCCAUUCCGAAAAUUCCAACAGCAACCCAUUCAUACCAUCCAGGACAAUUGUACUAGUAUUAAUAUUUUCAAAAAUUCCGGAUUUUCCCCAAAUUCCGGGAAUUCCCGAAAUACCCAUCCUCAAUUCCAACUGUUACUACGUCAACACUUUUCAACCCAUUCCAAAAAUUCCAACAGCAACCCAUUCAUAUCAUCCAGGACACUUGUGCUAGAAUCAGUUUUUUUUUUAUUCCCAGUUUUCCCGAAAGUCCAGGAAUUCCCGAAAUUUCAAACUGUUACUACGUCAACACUUUUCAAAAAAAUCCCAAAAUUCCGACAGCAACCCAUUUAUAUCAUCCAGGAAAAUUGUGCUCGUAUCAAUGUUUUGUUUUUUUUUAAUUCCCAGUUUUACCGAAAGUCCAGGAAUUCCCGAAAUUUCAAACUCUUACAAAGGCAACACUUUUCAAAAAAAUCCACAAAUUCCAACAGUAACCCAUUCAUAUCAUCCAGGACAAUUGUGCUAGUAUCAAUUUUUUGUUUUUAAUUCCCAGUUUCCCCGAAAUUCCAGGAAUUCCCAAAAUUUGAAACUGUUACUACGUCAACACUUUUCAAACAAUUCCAAAAAUUCCAACAGUAACCCAUUCAUAUCACCCAGGACAAUUGUGCUAGUAUCAAUAUUUUCAAAAAUUCCCAAUAUUCCCGGAAUUCCCAAAAUACACAUUAUCAAUUCCAACUGUUACUACGUCAACACUUUUUAACCCAUUCCAAAAAUUAUAUCAGCAACACAUUCAUAUCGUCCAGGACAAUUGUGCUAGUAUCAAUUAAUUUUUUUAAUUCCCAGUUUUCCCGAAAUUCCAGGAAUAUCCGAAAUUUCAAACUGUUACUACGUCAACACUUUUCAACCAAUUCCAAAACUUCCAACAGUAACCCAUUCAUAUCAUCCAGGACAAUUGUGCCAGUAUCAAUAUUUAAAAAGAUUCCCAGUUUUACCGAAAAUCCAGGAAUUCCGUCAACACUUUUCAACCGAUUCCAAAAAUUCCAACAGCAACCCAUUCAUACCAUUGAGGAAAAUUCUGCUAUUCUCAAUAUUUUUAAAAAUUCCCGGUUUUCACAAAAUUCCAGGAAUUCCCGAAAUACCCAUUCUCAAUUCAAACUGUUACUCCGUCAACACCUUUCAACCGAUUCCAAAAGUUCCAACAGCAACACAUUCAUAUCAUCCAGGACAAUUGUCCUAGUAUUAAUGUUUUUUUUUUUAAUUCCCGGUUUUCCCAAAAUUCCAGGAAUUCCCGAAAUAUCCAUUCUCAUUUCAAACUGUUACUACGUCAACACUUUUUAACCGAUUCCAAAAAUUCCAACAACAACCCAUUCAUAUCAUUCAGGACAAUUCUGCGAGUAUCAAUAUAUUUUUUUUAAAUCCCGCAUUUCCCGAAAUUCCCAAAUGUCCAGGAAAUUCCCAUUCAUAGUUCUACAAUUCUUCCGCCCUUUUUUACCCACUUCCGACCUUCCAACCAUCCCUUCACACUACUCUUCCGAUAUAUUGAACGCAAUACAUGUUUUCCCUUUACCAAAAUUCCAGAUUUUCCUGGGAUUUCCUGGAAUCAAUGGGACAUUUCUCAUAUUUCUCUUCUCACUCUAUGCAAAGAAUCAACCGCUACACAACAAGGUGGUGCAACCAAACUUGAUAGUUGAUACUGCUACCUGAUUGUCUGUUAUCGUCUCACUCCAACUGACCAGUGAUCACUUCCUGCGUUGCUCGGUUACCAGAGAGCAGCUGCCUUUUGUUCAUACAACCGAUCUUGAUUCGCAACUUCCGGUUUUUCUUCCGACGUAGAAGAAAUUAAAUUCAUCCAACUUUUUAUCCAACACAUCUUUUUAUUAGUAUCGAUUACGUCUCUUUAGCGAUAUAUAUUGAUAUCGUUUUAUCGCUCAGCCCUAAUUUAGAGUAUAAUCAAUACAUAUUUGAUCCCUGCCGAUUUUAUAAGUUGACCAUUUUACAGAACUAUAAACAUUACGCCAUUUUUAUGAUUUUACCUUACGUAUUUAAAGGGUCAGAUACACAUUAUUUUACACUUUCGGUCCGAACACAACCUUCAAGGCACAAGAACUCUAUUGAUUUUAAGGAUGUCCUCUUGUGUCAUAUUUAUUUUAUUUGUCGCAUUCAGUACAACUGCUCUCAGUAAAAUAGGAUUGUAAGUUUUCCUGCAGCUCAACAUGUAUUGUUACUUUUACUCAUGGAAAUAUCUCAUGUUUGAUUUUAGCCAAGAAAUAAAGACGGCGAAAUGUC